AUGAUUCAUCUGGUUGUCGUCCUUUUUACAUCAUUUAUUAUUUAUAUAGCAAAACCCGGCAGCAGCCUUUUCUCAUGGCACCCAACUCUGAUGGCUGUGGCAUUUUGCCUGUUCAUGUUUGAGGGUCUGCUUGUCUUUUCUCCGCACAGUUCUCUUAUUAAUCCACAAAACCGAAUUGCAAGAAUCACCUGGCACUGGAUACUCCUAACAGUAGCUCUGUCGGCAGCAACUGUUGGCACUGCAGUUAUUUAUUAUAACAAACAUAUCAACAACAAACCUCAUUUUACAAGUUGGCAUGGUUAUAUUGGAAUCAUAUCUCUUGCUUACUUUGCCUUGCAGGCAUUAGGUGGCAUUGUAGCAAAGUAUCCACGUUUGUUGUUACCUUCUUUUAAGAUUGUUGAUGUUCGACUGUACCAUGUUGCAUCUGGUCUGGUUGCAAUUUGCCUGGUUAAUAUGACUUUGUAUCUCUCUAUGUAUUCAAACUGGUUUAUCAGAAAUGUUGUGGGUUACAUGUGGUAUGUUUGCACUUCUGCACUGGCCUUAAUGACCGUAUCAGUCAUUCAGCAAAUCAUUGAAACUCAUGUGCCGCGGCUUAUGAAUCGAUUGCGUAGACAUGUACGAGAAGAAAUUUAA